CCGCCGACGUUAAAUGGUUUAGAGCUGCAAAAAUAUGUAUCCUCCUUCCCUAAAGGGCAAUGGACGCACAAGCAAUACUUCCGAAGUAUGCACCUGAAUUUGAUAACAGUGUUUGUAAUCGCGGCAUUCAUUGUUGUUGGCAUGUUUUAGUAGAAGGCGGUGACAUCAUGACGAUGAGAGCGGCGUGACAACGUGGAUACAUAUGACGACAACGGAGACGACGACAGGAACAUCGCCAAUACGGCGUGACGACAACGGAAUGACGACCACGUGACGACAACGGCUGCGCACCCAAGAGUCGAGCAAAAGAAGGAGUAACAGUUCUCAUCCGCGAUGACGCCCAUUGUCGGCUACUGGGACGUUCGGGGACUGGCGCAGCCCAUCCGUAACCUCCUGGUUUACCAGGGCGUCGAGUUCGAAGACAAGCGGUACAAGUUCGGCCCGGAGCCCGGCUUCGACCGCGAGGAGUGGCUUGGCGAGAAGCCGACGCUGGGCCUCAGGUUUCCGAACCUGCCCUACUACUUCGACAACGACGUCAAGAUGACGCAGAGCCUUGCCAUCGUGCGCUACCUGGCGAGAAAGCACGACCUCGCCGGAAGGGACGAGGAGGAAACAGUGGAGCUGGACAUGCUUGAGCAGCACGCUCGAGAUCUACUCUGGGGACUAAUGAUGGCCAUCGCAUCGCCAAACUACGAGGAGACUCGGCCCAAGUACGAGGAAAAGAUGGAGAGUCUGCUGCAACCGUGGGACGAGCAGCUGCAGGAGAAAGAGUGGGUCAUUGGAGACCGCAUCACGUACGUGGACUUUCUGCUGUACGAGGCGCUCGACUGGAACUACGAGCUGAACGCGGGCGCGUUCGAGGGCUUUCCGGUGCUGACGGCCUACACGAAGCGCUUCGAAGAGCUGCCGAACGUCGACGAGUACUUCGCCUCGGACAAGUACAACAAGUAUCCCAUGCUAGGACCGAUGUUUCAGUGGGGCUUCGAAAAGGAGUAGCCCACUUCUCUCCUCGUUUUGAACGGCUUUCUUCGUUUGAACGAAAUGUCGGCAGUCUGUUUCACGAGAAGACACACUGGGCGAAGAAAGCAUGUUACGCCUGACGGAAAACACUAAUAAAUGUUGUAGAGGGUAUA